AAAGUGACAGUAAAACAAAGUCAACAAUUGCGGGAAAUUCCAUGUCUACUGGGCGGGAGCAGAGUGGAGGGGGCAAGUGGGGAAGUAUAUAAACCAGCAGCCCCAUACAGCAGCAAUGAAACCGAUCUCCCUCGCUUCAACUGCAAACCAGGUGUCUGUUUAAAGCCUUUCUACACAAAAUGAGGAACCUGAUUGUGUGUGUGCUCGCCCUAGCACUGAUGGCACAAGCUGUUGUGUCUCUGGAGUGUUAUCAUUGCCCUAAUGGCGGAAGAUGCUUCACCACUCAGAAAUGCAGGGAUGACCAGGAUCAAUGUAUUACCAUGUUUUUCCCUCUCACUGCCAAAUACGCUAAGCGAUGCUCCAGGACGUACGAGUGUGAAGUCAUGAAUGCCAUGGGGGGGUCUGCAGUAAAGGCCAUUUGCUGUGGCACUGACCGGUGCAACAGAUAGACAGGAGGUCCUGCACUCUCAAGACCAACACCAGCAGGGUGUCCCUCUCCCGCUGCAGUGUGACUGGAAAUCUCACUGAGGGGCCUUGCUGAAAUCUCGCUCUCUCACACACACACAUACACACACACCAUAUUAUUCUUAUUUUAGAGAAGAACACUCAUUUGCCAUGGGUGUUUUUAGCAGCUGUACUAGUGACUCCAUGGAGAGCACCAAUAAUAAAGGAUAUUACAGUCCAAGGUCA